ACUUCCAUGUAACCUAAAGUUUAAAACUUAUCGUUAAUGUUAUAGUUAUACAUGAUCUGUGUUAUUUGUAUAUACAGUGUUAUAUUAAUUUAUUAUUUUAUUUAAAAUUUAUUAUAUAUCAUCCAUAAUAACCAUACAAAUUAAUUGGUUCUUCUAAAAUAACGACUUGCAUCCUGUAAUAAUUUAUACUAUUUGAAAGAAAAAAUUGAAAAAAAUGGGUGGAAUUGAUUUUCAGUAGAGUUAAGAGCAGAAACAUGGAAAAGAAUAAUGAAUUUUUAUUUUUUGACCAACAUGAUUAUGUUCCUUACAAUUUUGAUACCAAUACUCGUGGUUUGCCAAUAAGUAAAGAUGUGGAUUUGCCUUCGAAUGUAUUGGAAACUUCCAACAACUUUUCACAGAAUGAAUGCAAUUUACCAGUGAUAAUUCAAGAUUUGGAUUUGUCAUUGAGUCUACUGGAAAAAGAUGAUAACAAAGUUAAUAAAAAUAAACUACAUGGAGAAAAUAGUUCUUUAUUUAAUAUAAAAUACAUUAUUGAAGAUGAAAAAUCUGUAAAAUUAUGGGAGUGUGGAUUCUGUAAAAAAAUGUUUCAUUAUCAAUAUAUGUUAAUGAGACAUUUGCCAACACACACCAAUGAAAGGAAGUUCCAGUGCCUUACCUGUGGUAAAGCUUUCCGACAGAUGUCAACCCUUUCCCAACACAGAGUGAUCCAUUCUACCGAGCGACCGUACGUAUGCGAAUUUUGCAAAAAGAGUUAUAAUCGUAAAUCCGCUUUGUUUUCCCAUAGAAAAACACAUACUGAUCCCAAACCCCAUAGAUGUCAUUUGUGUCCCAGAGCAUUUCACAUAAAAGGCAACUUACAAGCUCAUAUUUAUACUCAUACCAAUGAAAUACGAUACAAAUGUGACGUAUGUGGGAAAGGGUUUAUCCAAAUGUCAAAUUUGAUGCGUCACAGAGUUAAGAUUCAUCAAAGAACCGAUAAGUUCAAUUCUGUAUCUCAAGCUUGCGAUGAAUUGUUUCCAAAAAUGGAUAUUUUGAAGCACCGCGAAGAAUAUGGCUACAAGUUGUUUACUCCAUCGCUAUCUCAUUCACCAGAUAAACAGCUGAUGAACAAAACGGACCAUAAGGACGGCAUUGUUAUUGAACCAAUCGAAACUGUAGCAAUGCGGCGUGCCAUUGAAUCUAACCGAAUUCCAUAUGCUCUUCUCCAUCCCGCUAAAGGAGAACCUGUAUUAGUGAAAGUUUUACCUGCCGGCGAUAAACAAAUCUUAGUUCCUGUUAUGGCCGACAAUUUGAAGAAACACAGUCAUAUAUCGGUUACAUCUCAAGUUGGAGAAGAUGGUAAACUAGUCGGUGAAACAGUAAAAAUGAGGAUACCCAUAGUAGCGAUUUUAAAACAGCAGAGUAACUCCGAAGAUCCAAUUACAAUCUCAAUUGCCGAUAAUGAACCGCACAGAGAACUUUCCGAUGAAACUAGAGCUACCAAUUUUGAAUCAACUUCCUCAGGACCAACAAUUGAUGAUGUAUUUAAUGAAAACGAAGAUUUCUUCCCUGAAGGAAACUAUAUGAUUACAAAACCGACGGAAUUUCUAAAUUGAAAAUUUCGGAACUUUUUAUGAUCUAGAACAGGGAUGGGGAAACUUUUUUCUUCGCGUGCCAAUUUUUGCUAACGAAAUAUAUGGCGGACCAAAUUGAGGCAUUACAUUAUUUGCUGAAAUAAAAAUAUUGCCUCAAUUUUUCUGCAAUACUAAUUUAUUGUGCAAUAUUAAAAAAUAACAUUUUUAAUAACAUUUAAUUAAUUGAACUUUAAUUAGCUGCGAAGUAGAAGUUGAGGAAGGAGGUCAUCUGAAAGGCUAUUACGAAGACAAUUUUUUCAUUAUUGAAAAAGUUUGUUCGCACAAAUAGCUUGUACCAAACAUAGCCAUUAUUUUCUGAGCGUGGGAAACUAUAUUAUAACUUAUAAAAUUCCAAUUUACUGGUGUUCAAAAAUAGUUGCCUCAAAUGGGUAGUGCGUUCGACGACAGUUUUAUGCUCGACGUGUACUGCCUUUACUGCCAAUUCAAGAGAAUGUAAUUUCUAAUUAAAAAAAUUGUUUGCUGCUCGGGGGCCUGAUUUCAACGCUUUGCGGGCCGUAGUUUCCCCAUCCCUGAUCUAGAAGAAUACAAUUUCAGUGUUUUUAUAUUCAAUAGUUUUAACUCUAAUUAUAUAUACCUUGAAUUAUUUGACAUUAUGUUUAAAAUGUACGUUUAUAUAUAGUAACAACAAGAAAAAUUUUUUCAGUUUCGCUUGAGAAUUUAAUUGAAUGUUUUUUUUAUGUUUUAAAUAUCACUUUUUGAUACAGUACCAAUGUAAUCAUUUAUAUUUAUAGUAAAAAGUCGAUUAUAAAAUAUCUAAUAUUA